AAAAAGAUGAGAUUAGUAUUGCUCAAGAUCAUAUGCCUUCAGCUUUUUCUCCUUCAUGUGGCCUCCUAUCCUUCAUACAGUAAUUAUCUUGGUUCAGCAUACAUUCCUGAGAAAAAGCUUGGUGACCAAAAACAGAUGGCAAAAUUAUCGACUAAAGCAGAAGAUGAACAAAAAAUAUCUGUUGCUGAUAGGCGUGGAGGUGCCGGUGGAGGCCAUGCUAGUGGUCAUGCAGGUGGAAGAGGAUCACACGGCCACUCCGGCAUGGAAAAUAGUCAUGGUGAUGAUCAUACCAAGUCGGUAAUCCCCUUGUAUGCAACCGGUGCAAUGAACCAUCACCAUAGAAGUGCUAGCACCCUCAACUACAUUGGUCUUCCUCACUUGGCUUCUAUUAUCUUGACCUCACUUAUUUUCAUUUAUGUUACAUAA